AUAGCAUUAUUCGUGCAUGAAUCAAUAAACGAUCGAGCAGUAGCAGACUAGCUUAAUUAGCAGUCCAAGACUUACUUGCACACGUACGUCAACCUCAUCACCGACACGUACGUACGCCCUUGCACACUCAUCAUGGAAGAUAGCCACCUUCGUCUCCAUGGAGAAGCAGAGGAGGAGAAAGAAGAAGAACAUGGCCACCAGCAAGCGGCAUGCGACGUCUUGCUCUCUCUGUCGUGCGGGUCAUCCUGCAACCAGGAAGGCGCGGCGCCACACAGUCGUCGUCGACGGCGGCGGCACACAGUGGAUGGGGCGGAGCUGUUCGAGUGCCGGACGUGCGGGCGGCGGUUCGCGACGUUCCAGGCGCUCGGCGGCCACCGGACCCGCCACCUCAGGUGCCCGAGCCCGACGAAGCACCGCCGGUCGAAGCCCGUGGUGGUCCACGCAUGCGGCACGUGUGGGCUGCGCUUCUCGACGGGGCAGGCCCUAGGCGGCCACAUGAGGAGGCACCGCCAGGCUAACAGCAUAGAUUUUGCUGAUAUGGACCUUACACAGAUCACCAUGACCGUGCAAGAGAGGCCCAGUUCGGCCUCCUUGCAGCUUCUCAACCUCUUCGUCUAGAUCA